CGCUGCCCGGCCCGGGAGGAGCCGCCGUUGCUCGGCGCGGGGCCGCGGCCGCCGCAGCGCCCUCGGUGGGAGCGGUUGGCCCCACGGGUCACCAUGCCGCUGGGGCAGGAUGGGCCCAGCUGGAAGAAGAGGACCGAGGACAUUCGGCACAUCUACGACUUCCGAGAGGUCCUGGGCACGGGGGCCUUCUCCGAGGUGGUCCUGGCAGAGGAGAAGGCGACGCGGAAGCUGGUGGCCAUCAAGUGCAUUACCAAGAAGGCGCUGGAGGGGAAGGAGACCAGCAUCGAGAACGAGAUCGCCGUCCUCCACAAGAUCAAGCACCCCAACAUUGUGGCCUUGGAUGACAUCUACGAGAGCAGCACCCACCUCUACCUCAUCAUGCAGCUGGUCUCUGGGGGGGAACUCUUCGACCGCAUCGUGGAGAAAGGCUUCUACACAGAGCGGGACGCCAGCGCCCUGAUCCGCCAGAUCCUCGACGCCGUCAAGUACCUGCACGACAUGGGCAUCGUCCACCGCGACCUGAAGCCCGAGAACCUGCUCUACUACAGCCUCGACGAGGACUCCAAGAUCAUGAUCAGCGACUUCGGGCUGUCAAAGAUCGAGGGCUGCGGCAGCGUCAUGUCCACAGCCUGCGGCACCCCUGGCUACGUGGCCCCUGAGGUGCUGGCACAGAAGCCCUACAGCAAAGCAGUGGAUUGCUGGUCCAUCGGGGUCAUCGCCUACAUCCUGCUCUGUGGUUACCCUCCUUUCUAUGACGAGAACGAUGCCAAGCUCUUCGAGCAGAUCCUGCGGGCUGAGUACGAGUUCGACUCACCUUACUGGGAUGACAUCUCAGACUCUGCCAAAGACUUCAUCCAGCACCUGAUGGAGAAAGACCCUGGCAAGCGCUUCACCUGUGAGCAAGCUCUGCAGCAUCCCUGGAUUGCCGGGGACACAGCCCUGGACAAGAACAUCCACCAGUCAGUGAGCGAGCAGAUCAAAAAGAACUUUGCAAAGAGCAAGUGGAAGCAAGCCUUCAACGCCACGGCGGUGGUGAGACACAUGAGGAAGCUGCAGCUGGGAACCAGCCAGGAGGGCCCGGGACAGAUGACUCCCACCAGCCCUGGCGAGCAGCUGGGAAGCGGCACCAGCAAUGGGUCAGACUGCGGGCGCCCACCCAGGAGCAGAGCUCAGCGCCUCGCACCACACUGAGCACGGCCCCUCACGGCCACAUCCUGGGGGGGCUGGGGAGGGGACGGGGGGCCCCAGCCCUCCCAUGGGCCCUGCAUGGGGUGAGGGGGCGCUGCAGGGGUGGAGCCAGGGGGGAGAUAUGGCAUGGUAGCACGCUGCCCUGCUCAUCUCAGAUGUGUGGGGCAGCCCCCCACUGCCAGCUCACUGCAGAGCUCUGUGUGGGGGCAGGGGCAGCCCCUGGAGCCCCCCCCCAGCACGGGGCUGCAUGCUGGGCCCCCUCCCACACCCUCUCCCUUCCCCCCACGCCUGCCCUGGCACUGCCCCACACUCCCCCAGCAUGUUGAAGGAGAAUUUUCCAAAUGGAUGUUUCUAUUUUAUUGCUUGUAAUAAAGGCAAGAGGCCAACA